GUCUCACCAACAAGACCCAAGCCUUGUAGCCUGAGGCUCUCAGGUCCGAUAAACAUGGCUGACUCCUCACCAUUGAAACUCUCUGCAGCGGACGUGACUCUGGAUCCGGACACUGCGCACCCUUCCCUCAUCAUUUCUGAGGACCAGCGGAGUCUGCAGUACACAAGUACAGUUCAGAACCUGUCAGACAACCCGAGGAGAUUUCAGCAUUGGUCCUGUGUGCUGGGUCGUGAGAGAUUCACGUCAGGCAGACACUUCUGGGAGGUGGAGGUGGGGGGCAGGAAACAGUGGAAUUUAGGAGUGAGUCAGGAUAACGUGGAGAGAAAAACAGAUGUUAAAAUAACACCCCAGCAUGGAUUCUGGACAAUAUCUCUGUUGGGUGGGCAUGACAUCCAGGUUGAAACAGAUCCCGAGAGCAAACUCACAAUUGCCAACCCUCCUCAAAGAGUGGGGGUUUUCCUGGACUAUGAGAGGGGGGAGGUCUCCUUCUAUGAUGCCAUCGAUGGAGUCCACAUCUACACCUUCCCGCAGGCUUCUUUCACUGAGCCUCUCUUGCCUUUCUUCAGGGUUUUCUCAAAAGAGUCCACUGCCUUGACGAUUUGCCCAGCACUGAAAGGAGUGCGGAGUUCCCCUAUGUCUGACCCACUGCCUGGCCCUUUCCUGGAGACCCGAGUGGCCUCAGGCUCAGCUGAUGGCAAUGAGGGCCCUCAGUCAGAACAAAGGUCUUUGUUUCUCCCUGCCCAGCACUGAGUUGAGGGGCUGCUUAGCAGCAAAACCUCACAGCAGGAACAUACUUACUAAAAACUCACUGAGUGAAGCACUUUACUACUUAUCUUUCAACUUUUCCACAUGACACAUGAGGAGAUCAGGGUUCAGGAAGUUAAUUAACUUUUCAAAGUGACUCAGCUCCCUUCCUGCCACCAUAGCUCACACUCACAGAUACCUUAGAAUGUGUGGGUGCUGGGCUAAAGGCUUCAGGUAACUUUCACUCACCAAUCCCCCCAGCACCCCUGUGAGGUGGCCUCAUUGAACGUGUGGAAAGGGAGGCAGGGCCCAGGGAAGUGACAUGGAAUUCAUGCAGGAAGCAGUGCUGCUGGGAGCUGUUUGACCUCUGCCCCUCCUCCACCUCCAGUCUGUUCCUUUGCAGUCAGUUAUUCCUGUUGGGCAGGGUCAUAGGCAGCCUGAGGUUCCCUUUCCAGGGCCCCAGGGUGAAGGUCACUGUAGGUGACUGUGAAAGCCACACCCACCUUGAUCCUUCAAGGGGGACUGUCGGAGCCAUGGCCCACUGCUCCAUUAACUGGCUGGCCAUGAUGACGUCGUCCAAAGAAGGAAUUCGCAGUGACCACACCACAUGGGGCUGAGAAGGACCAGAGGCCACACUCCUCACCAGCUUGUGACCUGUGACCUGAAGCCCAACCAACCCCCCAGCUUCAUCCCUGAAGCUCAUGUGUGAGGCAUGAAUUGGGGGAGGAGCCAGGUGCACUGCAGUGGUCUUUUUCUCACACUGUAGCCCCAUCUCCAGGAAAGGGACACUCCACACUGAGCCUUCACUGAUGUUCCCACAGGUUUUUUAACUGUUGGGUCCUGGGGAAGAGCCACUCCAUCACCAUCACUGUGAUUGGUCACCACUGUGUCCCCUCCACCCGGCAGGUGGUUGUCAGGUUGCAUUUGUUAAAUAAAUUGGUGAAUAAUCUUCUCUAUGCAAAUGAGCUUCUUCUAGAUGUUCACCCCCAGAGUUUACCCAUCACAUUUUCACAAGAUCCUUAUUGUAUUAGCUGUGUAUGCUGCUGUAAUAAAAACCACAAACUUCAUG